CCUAGAGAGGCCAGGUCCCACGCAUCCCCUCUGCUCGGGCCGCGACUCUAUGGCGGCCGCGACCGCUCACUAGCCGCGGAGCGACAUGAACACGGAUGCUGACGGCCAGAGCGGUGCAGUGGUUGCCGCGCGGUCUCGAGAGGGCAGUCCCGCGGCGGCUGACUUCGUCCCAUCGGCUCUGGGGACCCGAGAGCAUUGGGAUGCUGUUUAUGAGAGAGAACUGAGAACAUUCCAAGAAUAUGGAGAUACAGGAGAAAUCUGGUUUGGGGAAGAGAGUAUGAACCGACUAAUAAGGUGGAUGCAGAAACACAAGAUCCCGUUGGAUGCCUCAGUGCUUGAUAUUGGAACUGGAAAUGGUGUUUUCCUGGUUGAACUUGUGAAACAUGGUUUCUCUAAUAUAACUGGGAUUGAUUACUGUCCUUCUGCAAUUAAGCUUUCUGCAAGUAUUUUACAGAAAGAAGGGGUAUCUAACAUUAACUUAAAGGUAGAAGACUUUCUGAAUCUUUCUACAAAGCUGUCUGGAUUUCAUGUUUGCAUUGACAAAGGGACUUUCGAUGCCAUAAGUCUUAAUCCUGACAAUGCAGUUGAGAAGAGGAAGCAGUAUGUGAUGUCUCUCUCCAGGGUGUUGGAAGUAAAAGGCUUUUUUCUAAUAACCUCAUGUAAUUGGACCAAGGCAGAGUUGCUAGAUGUAUUCAGUGAAGGAUUUGAACUUUUUGAAGAGCUGCCAACACCCAAGUUCACCUUUGGAGGCUGCCUUGGAACAGGCUUUGAACUCAGAGAUCUGUCUGCCUCUGCCUUCUUGAUCAGAGGCUGGGACCAAAGGGGUGUGACACCACGCCCAGCCCAAGUAAGAUAAGGUCUCCUGUAAUCUAGGCAGGCUUUGACCUUGUAUUGCAGCUGAGGAUAGCCCUGAACUCUGAUCCUUGAUCUUUUUGCCUCUAUCUCCUGUGUUGGGAUUGUAGGAGUUCACCAUCCUAACCCUGCUCAAACCUAAUCAAUUUCAUCUUGUAGAUUGUAUCUAUAUAUGCAUAUAUGUAUGAAUGUGCCUGAAUUUAUCUCUGUCUGGUAACCUACAUUGAAAAUAAGAACAAAUAUGAACAGUUAGUUUGUCUCUAGGGGAGAAAUCUGAGUUUUGAGUUCCUAUUUUUGUCUCUGUGAGCUAGGACCUAUCUGCUGCAGAAACAGUGCUCAGCUUUCAGGGCAAGAGACCAAGUGUCUUGAAUUGCACAGAGUAACCACUCCAGCUAAUUGUAGGUGGUAUGGAUGGCCUCUGAAAGGAUUCUUGUCCAGUAUAUUUUUCUGGAAGAAAUCUGCCACAACUUAGAGCUUGAUUGUGGGAAGCAAGGAACACAGUAAAUUUAAAGAUGUACUGGGGAGAAAAUUAGAAAAUCCUUAUCAUUUCUUUUGGGUAGACAGGAAACAGAGAUAUUCUUAGAUGAAAGGAGAAUACAGGAACAUGUCUUAUUAACAGUUAAUGGAGGAAAAUUAAUGCUAAUUUAUUCUUCAUACACACCAUGCAAUUUGUUAGAAAGUAAAGGAAUAGUUUGGAAUUCUUUGGUCAAUUGAUGGAUUCCUAUGUUAGGGCCAUAGAAAUGAAACUCAACAUUGAGUAGAUAAAUACCCAAGCCCACAGGCUACAGAAAUGCUGAAUAAAACCAGCUCUACAAUGGAACUCUGAAAAGCACUGGGUAUCAAGCCCAGUGAAUGAUUGAAAAUGACCUUAGCAAAAUCCCUGGAGUGUUGUUGAAAGAUCAUUCAUUUCCAGCUUAGAUGUCAAGAUGGGCUCUAGUAAUCAGGAAAGAAAGAGAGUUUGAGUGGGUACUUACCAAGUUUUUAAAAAUCUUUAUAACACAGUGAGUUAGACUCAUAUUAAAAGGGCUUCUCUAGUAGAAAUUUAAGCUGAAGCUCUGUGGACUUGUAGCUUAGGUCCAGGGAAGCCAAAUUAAAAGAAUAGGAAUAAUUCCUAAGACAUGAAAAGCAUCAGUAUUCUGUGUUUGUGGAGUAGGACUUAAAAAAAAGGAUGUAGAAUGUCCUGAUAGAAAGUACUUUUGUCACGCUGAUACUGUUGUGAGAAAGAUUGAAAACUAGGCAAUCCAUUGUAUCUUAAAGUGUUUGUAAAUUACUGCCUAGCUUUCUAGAGCAAGCCAUAAACCCCCCAGAUCUACAGCUUUCAUUAUUUAGAGGAAACUGUUUUCCUAUAGAAAUGGAAUAUUUUUAAAAGAAACUUUUAAAUUUAUUAUUUGUGUGACAUGCCAUUUGGUCGAGUGCCUGUGUAGGUCAAAAGAAAGUGUUGGAUAUCUUGGAACUGGAGUUACAGGCAGUUGUGAGCUGCCUGAUGAGGGUGCAUGGAACCAAAUCUCUGGAAGAGGAGCAAGUGCUCUUAGCUGGUGAGCCACUUUUCCAGCCCCUGCUUUAUAGUUUUACAUGUUGUUGUUAUUACUGUAUCAGCAAAUGAUAAACAUUUCUGUGACUAAUCUUUAUUGUGUAUUGUGUUUCAAAGAUCUUUAAAGAGCGAUUCUAGCCAGGUGCCUUUAAUCCCAGCACUCUGGGAGGCAGAGGCAGGCAGCUCACUGUGAGUUCAAGGCCAGCCUGGUCUACAAAGUGAGUCUGGAACAGCCAAGGCUACAGAGAAAAACCCUGUCUAGGACCCCCCCCAAAAAAAAAGAGUGAGUUUAAUCUCUCCAUUCCCCCAAACCAUAAGCAUUGACACAUGAUUCAGCAAUUACAUAUCCUAGAUAUUACCGGAGUAGUUUAGAAAGAAGUAUGAAAUGCUUCAGUUGACUAGGGGUGUUCACUAAUGCACUGUAGAUGAAGCGGUUUGUUGUCAGGGACACUGGCAGAGUAGAAACUGACCUGGGCUGUUUCUUGCUAUUGCCUUUUUUGCUGCUUUAGGAAGGACAGACUUGUGAGGAAGAGGCUAAAUGCAGAUGAGUGUGGGUGCUUCAAGUUUGGGUUUGCUUCCUAACCCCUUGCUAAUAUGAAAAUGUCAGCCUUUGUUCCCGUCUAAUUUUAGUACAUCCUGGCUAAAAAAAAAUAUUAGGAUGAUUUCCAACCAUGGAACUUGGAAAGGCGGGGCACAGGGAGGAAGAGUGGAGGAAAGAGUAGUUUAUAUUCCAUAUCCGCCUGCCUUUCUGUGACAGCAUCUAGCCCUUAAUCUGUUGAUUUGCUGAGGAUAUAAAUUUAGAUGCUCUGAAGCAAUGGUAAUUAGGUUUUCCUUCCGUGUCUUCUGUAGAAGCCUCAUUGGAGUUGGAAUGGGGAAAAUUAUAGAAUGAUAUUUAAUAGAGUAUCCUGUUGUUUGAGUUAGAGAGUCAUGAACAAGCUUUGUAAGGGAAGCCUAGAGUUGUGAGGGAUAACAUACACUUGUUUGAUUAUAAUUGAUACAUCUGAGGUAUUUCAGUGAACCUGCUGUUAUGCUGUUGUGUAAACGAGAGUAAUAUUUGUUAUUUUUGAGAAGUAAGUAUUUUUAGAAGUAAGCCGCAGUUUUGAGGUGUUUAUCACCUCACAUUCCACAGCAGGCUUAGAAGGAAAUUUCUGAUUCUGUGUAGAGAGCUUCUUGGGUCAAAUACUUGGUAAUAUACUUUGCUUAAGAGGUAGAAUGAAGUCCCACAUAGACUUAUAGUUGUGCCAAUUAUUAUGAUUAUUGUUUAAUUAAAAAGUAAUUAACUAGAUUAAACUAAAAGUAUCUUACCUCAUUAUGAAGCUGUUCAUUUAGUGAGACGCAGAUGGGAUGCUCCUAUAGUAAAGCUGCUACAUAAACAAAAGAGAUCAUCUUGUUAAUUCUUUUUGAGUAAUGGUUUGCAACAAAUGAAAUAGCUUAGUUUUGAAUUUGAAAUUUAGUUAACUUGUCUUGGUUCCUCGUGUUGAAUAGUCGCAGACGGUUUGUGUUUAAAAUCUGUUUAAGUGCACUAGGAGUACAGCUUAUUGGUAGAGUUCUUGUCGGGCAUGUUUAAGGUCCUGGAUUUUACCUCCAGCACCACAAAGUCAGUAAGUGAAUUUGUACAUGGUAGAGUAAGUUUCAAAGGGAUCAGACCUACAGAAACCACUUUCCUUUCCUCUCCGUAAAUCAUGGCUAUUCAAUAGGUAAACUUUAAUCAAAAGAAUACACGUGAAUACAUAUGUUUAUUUGGUGCAUGCAUGUACAUAUAUGUCCAAGUGAAUGUACUGUGGCAAGUGUGUGGAGCUUAGGAUAACUUCCAGGAUAACUUUCUACUAUGUGGGUCCCAGAGAUCAAACUCAGGUCACUGGGGUUGGUGUUAGGAACCUUUCCCCAUUGAACCAAAGUUCCUUUACCCAUGCAGCUCAGAUACCAUACUGCUAUAAACUGGGUGGCAUAAACUGCAGGCUUUUUUUUUUUCAGAGAUCUGAAAGCUAGAAUUCCAAGAACAAAGUGCUGGUAGAGUAUCGUCAUCACUAUUUUUUAAACAUUUAUUUAUUUAUUUAUUUUUAUGUGUGUGGCACACAUGUAGAGGUCAGAAAUAACUUGUGAACUUAGUUCUUCCUUCUACCAUGUGGGUCUUCAGGAUUGGAUUCAGAUUGGCAGGCUUGGUGGCAGGCACCUAUACCCACUGUCUAUCACCAUGCUUGUCCCUAGUUAUGUUUUAUUUUAAAGCCUCAUUCCUUGGCUUUUAGGUGGCUGCCAGUUGUGUGUUCACAUCACCUCUUUGUGAGUGUUGGGGAAGAAAAGGUAAAGGAGAACAAACACACAAACUCUCAGGGGCCUCCAUGUGAGGGCCCUGAUUCCACAACCUCUCCUGACACUGAUAAUCCCAUAAAGGCCUCAUCUGCAAAUACUGCUGCAUUGGGGCUUAGGGCUUCACUGUAUGGUUUUGGGGCAGGAACCAGCAAAAAUUUCUGAAAAUUGAGACUUACUGAACAAUGCCUAAAAAAUAGGUUUCUAGUAUAUAUGAGGCAUUACACACUCCAUUUGCUAAGUGUCAGCUGUUGGGUAACUUGAUGGCUCUUAAACUAAGGUAUUUGUAUAUUAAAAAGAUGUAUAUGUACCUAUAAUAAAAUAUUUGAAGCAAAUGAGUAUUUUUAAAUCUGAAAAACCUUGUGCCUGGUGACUGAUUUUUUUUUUUCUGAUACAUGUCUGAUUGUAUUCAUUUGACCAUAAAGAUGACCAAUAAAUUCAGAAAUUUACGCCUUUUAUUUAGUCUGCUUCCAUCUUACAUGUAGAAAGAUAAGAUUAAGGUCAAAUGAACAAUCAUGAUACUAUAAAGAAUCUUCCUCUAUUUCUUCUGUGCCCCAGAUACAUGCAACAGAGUACUCCCAGCUGAACCACUUUGUCACUCUCAAGCCUUAGGCUUUGAGAUGCUUCUCAUGUGCCUCACAGAGACUACUUGAGUCUAAUUUGUGGGUCUGUCCUUUUGUACCCCCUGCCUUGACAGCCAAUCAGUUUGAUCUGUAAGUAUUUAUCCUGCUGAUGAAAAAGGGUUUGUUUUUUGUUCUGUUUUGCCUUUUUGUUUUGGUGGUGCUGUGAUAUAAGCCCUAGGGCUUUGAACAUGUGAGGCAAGCAUUCUACCACUGAGCCCAUCUCAGCUCAGAAAUUGAACUUUGUUAAAGGCACUAGCAGAUUACCUAACAUAAUACUUGUUAAGGCUGCUUUACUUUCUGUCGAUUUCUUUGAAGCAGCUUGAUAGGUGGAGAGAGAAUCAGGUGUGGACUCUAUUCAACAGGGCUGUGAAUAUUGCAGAGAUACACAGAAAGCAGCUUAGUGUCAGAUAAAUAUUCUUUCCUCCUAGAACUGAAAGGUAAACUGUUCAGGAUUCCACCCUGCAGUGCUACCAAGUUAAUGUAUUUAGUGCCAUAGAAAGAUACUUGUAUUGUUGAGUGAGAGAGAGCGCAUCUGUAACGGGUGCACUUUUCAAAACAGCACCUUUUCACUUAGUAAAGGAAUGAAGAAUAGAUGCCAUGAUGCUGGAUUUUCAUAUGUUUUCCUGUGUUUCAGAGUGUAUGAAAGAAUACCUUUCAGAUUGAGAACAUGAUCUUUUUGCAUAGUAAUAAAUGGUAAGAAUGUAGAUGUGGAGGUGAAAAUGUUAAUGUGGAUGUAUUUGAAUUGAAAACAUGGGCAAGGUUACCAUUCAUUAGCUCUGAGCCACGGCAUGAUUCCAGGGUCUAUCAAACAGGGAUGCAAGAUCACGGAGCAGUGACCCAGUUGCGCUGAGGCUGAUGAAAAUAGGGUUGGAUUUUGAUUUUACUGGCUACUUAAGAAGCAGUGGACUGACAUGUUAUAGCUAGUUUCUACUCUGUAUCAUCCAGGUUUGAUUUCUUUGACUUGAGUCACAUUUCUUUCCCUGCUGUAACGUGAGUUAAUUGCCAUUUAUAUUGUUUGAUGUUGAGUAAUAGUUUAUCCAGUUGAUUCUGAGUUUAUGGUAGAACUGACAGUAAAGUGUGUGAGGGCACAGUGAACCACUUGUUAUGCUAAUCUAGAAAGCAUGUCUUCAGCCUUCUUACUGAUGGUUAAGUGAAUUUCUCGGAGUGCCAAGCAUGAAUAUAGAACAGUCAGACCCCAGCCCUGAUGCUUUUCCUAGUUGAUCCCAAGAAAUUUCAGAUCGUUUUGGUUAACACCCCUGCGUGAGCUCAACUCUUGCUAUGUAGUUCUGACUGCUUAGAAUUCACUAUAUAUGUUGGACUGGCCUCAAACUCACAGAGAGCCUCCUGCUUCUGCCUGUCUAAAGCUGGAAUUACAGGCUUGUGUAGUAAAUUGUAAAAAAGGUUUUGAACCUUUAUUGUAUUUGUUUUUUUUUUUUCCUAAGCUUCACUGUAGUUCUUGCUGCCUCACCUUUCCAUAUGCUAGGAUUACAGGCAAUUGCUACUAUUCACAGAAAGAAUUUGUACCAUUUUAAAGAAAUUUUGAUAAAGUCUGAGAUCUUUCUAGAACAGACUGUAAUCAAGGUGGUUUAACAGAGCAAAGAAUGACUAACCUGGCUUUUACCAAGUUUUGAGAAUUUUUAUUCUUUUAUCCCUGACCUAGAAAUUAAUUCUUUAAAAUAGGCAGUGAACUUCCCAUUGCUAUCAAGAGUCCCCACUCCUGAUCUUGCAGGUUGAACUAGGAGUUCAUGUGUGCUUGUCAAACACUCUACCACUGAAGCUAAUCCCCUCCCCACAACAGCCAUGUCUAUCCCUUUAUGCUUGUGGUUAAACUACAGCUGCAGGAGACCUCAUGCAAAACUGGCAGGGAAGAAAAAGACCCAGGCAUGGGUUAAAACAAAAGACCUUAGCUCUUAGAUACAACAGAUUGACAGACUCUGAAGAGAGUGAAGAGAUUCACAAGGCUAAAGUAAAAUAGGUUUGCCUUGAGGCAGUGACUUAUAUGGUGGAUGCUCAACAGAAAUAAAAAUAGUUUGGGUUUGAUUUGCAAAUACUAAAUGAAUUUUAAAGAAAAACUUGAUGUGUUUUUUUUUUUUAAACUUGAAAACAGAACAUGAAUAUAGUUUGGGAAUACAGUUGAAAUGUUUUCUAAAUUAAACAAAGCAAUAUGAAAAUAACUGUGCCCUUGUUUUCAGCUAUGUUUUUGAUGGAGUAUCAGGCAAACUUGUAGAUGGCUAGUUGUGUUGUAAUGACAUUCAAGUCUACAUCCAUUGCUAUCACAAAUACAUCAGAGGGUAUGCUUUUGUUAAUUUUUUUUUACAAUUAUUUAUGUCUGUAUUAUGAAUAUUUUGCCUGUGUGUAUGUGUGUGCACUACAUGUGUGCUUGGUACCUGUAGAGGCCAGAAGAGGGCAUCAGAUCCCCUGGAACUGGAGUUAAUGGAUGGUGUGAGCUACCAUUAAAUUCUGGGAGUCCCAGGUCCUCUGCAAUAACAAUACGUGCACUAACCUGCUGAGUAAUCUCUCCAGCCCCCGAGGUUUUGUUUUUAAAGCUUAGUAUUAGAAUAGUAAGAUUCGCUUAGUACGUUUCCGUAUGCAAUUAAUUGAAUGCCUUUAUUAUAUUUUUUUCCCUUUUAUUUACUGCGACUAAGCUUCAAUGCCUAUUUUUCAUUCCUAUGUUUUCUUACGGCACGUAGUAAUAAUAGUCACUAGGAACUUAAAAAAAAAAGUUACUACCAAAUUCAAUUUUCAAGUUUUAACUCCUACUCUGUUCU